UCUGUUUGUCUGUCAGUGAGUGUUGUAUAUUAGUGUGUUGUUUUUUAAGUAAGCGAAGAAAUUUAGGUUAGAUUAGACUGAAGGGUAUCCCUUGUAUUAUCGCGAAGUUGUUUCAUUUAUCGCCAAGUCAAAGGAGUGCGCAAUGCCAAUACAGCUAGCUCUGCAUUAUGGAUAAAGACAAUGUGAAGAGCCAAGAUGACAACUAUAGUGAAAUUUCAUUGUACAAGUAUUAUGUUGGUGAUGUGGUUUCCUCUGGAUUGCAAGCCGUAGGAUCGGAUUUCACUCUGAACAAUAAAAACUUCCAGAUAUUCAGCGGUUCCUUACAUUACUUCCGAAUUCUACCAGAAAGAUGGGAGGAAAGUAUAAAGAAAAUGAGAUAUUGUCAUUUGAAUACUGUUUGCACGUAUGUACCAUGGAAUUUACACGAAGAUAAGCCUGGCAAUUUCAAUUUUACUGGUUUAUUGGGUUUAAAAUCGUUUAUUGAAACUGUUCGAAAACAAGAUAUGUUCCUCAUUUUACGGCCCGGACCAUAUAUCUGCGCGGAAUUAGAUUUUGGUGGUUUGCCCAGCUGGUUACUGAAAGAUAAAAAUAUGAAGGUGCGUUCUAAUUAUCCGGCAUUUUUGGCUGCAGUUAAAAGUUACUUUAAAAAAUUAUUAACUUAUAUAUAUGAGUACCAGUUUACUGUAAACGGAGGACCUAUUAUAGCAUUGCAAGUGGAAAAUGAGUUCGGAUCGUACGGAAAUACGCUAAAGAAUAGAGACGACUCUGACUACAUGAUAUUCCUUCGAGACACUUUGCGCGAACUCGGAAUUCGAGAAUUACUUUUCACAUGUGACAUGCCGUCUAUAGCUUUAACUCAUGGAUCCAUAAAAGAUGUUCUGAUGACAGCAAAUUUUCAAACCGAUGCAGAAAACGAGUUAAUAUUACUUAAAGAGCAACAACCAAAUCAGCCGCUGAUGGUUGCUGAAUUAUGGUCAGGUUGGUUCGAUCAUUGGGGUGAAAUCCAUCAUGACGUGCCGACUGUUAUCUUAACAGAAUCGCUGAACACUAUUUUAAAGAAAAACGCGUCAUUUAAUAUAUACCUUUUUCAAGGAGGUACAAACUUCGGGUUCUGUAAUGGGGCUAAUAUAGGAUUUCCUGAUUCAGAAAGUCCUUAUUGCAGCACUGUAACUAGCUACGAUUAUGAUGCUCUACUUACAGAAGAUGGUAGGUGUACUGAAAAGUACAGGGCUGUUUGCUGGAUUUUAAAAUCUGUGAAAAAGCAGUACCAUCGGCCAAGAGAAAUUAUGACCACAGAUGUCAAGUUUCUAACUGUGAAAAAAAUACCUAUUAAGAGGUAUUUGCCCCUUAAAAAAAUCGUACAUAUUAUACACGAUAAAAUCCAGUGUGAAAUUCCAGUCUGUAUGGAAAUGAUUGGUCCUCAUGAAUAUGGCCAGAGAUUUGGAUUUACACUUUAUCAGACUGAAUUUAGAGAAAGUGGAAUUCUGGAAUUUCGUGUUACUCAUGGAACACGAUCUAUUGUAUUAGUGAAUAGCAUUCAUGUUGCAAACAUAGAAAAUUCUCAUGGAGUCCAAAAGCUUCAAAUAGCACAUAAUGAAAAAUUAAAACAGAGUAUACUUGAUAUCUUGGUUGAAAAUUUAGGUAGAGUAAAUUUUUCAGAGAAGAAAGAAAUACUUAAUAAUGAAAGAAGAGGUUUGUAUGGAAAUGUAACUUUAAGCGGAAAACUACUGAAAAAUUGGCAAAUACUUCCUUUAGAUAUAAAUGAAAGUCUAGUGAAUAGAGCAAAUCUAAUAAACUGGGAGGAAGUGGAUCAGUCGAGUAAUAAUAAAGAAUGCAUAGGUCUUUAUGCAGCCUCUUUCAAUUUAAAUGAUGUAAAAGACACUUUUUUGUAUUCUUCAUCAUGGUCUAAAGGCGUAGUAAUAGUUAAUGGAUUCAACAUUGGCCGAUAUUGGAACAUUGGACCUCAGCAAACUCUCUUUAUACCUCACCAGCUCCUUAAAAUAGGAUUAAAUGAAAUAUUUGUUUUCGAAUUGAACAGUGCAGUGAAGUUCCUUCAAUUUCAAGAUUCUCCCAAUCUUAAUACUUGUAUAAAUUGGGCUAUCUAACUAUUUCAUGUAUUUUUAUUAAGUAUGUUUUGAAUAUAAGAUCAUAUUGCUAUCUAUUAAAGUAAGCUCUUGAUAUUUAAUUUUUUAUUCUGAAUGUUAUAUUUUGGUGAUUUAUUAAUGAUGAUGACCUAAAUUUGUAUGAUUUUUUUAGGCUCUAAUAAACAUAUGA